AUGCACAGGGGGCUGGCAGGGCCCAAGCGCCACCACCACGCGAAACGCAGGAACAAACUCCCGCAGGCUCGAGAGAGCGAAAACGCGGGAGGCCAAAGCGCGGGGCCUGACCCCUUCUCCCCCGCUGCCCCAGAGCCCUUCCGAAGGCCCAGUCGUUUGCGCUCGGGUAAUGGACCAGUGAAAGUUACUGGAAGAAUCAGUGGCUUGGUUGACGGAGAUCAUGGCUUCCAUGUCCAUGAAUUUGGGGACAAUACAAAUGGGUGUACCAGUGCAGGUUCUCACUUCAAUCCUGAAGGCAAGCAGCAUGGUGGACCAAAGGAUACAGAGAGGCAUGUGGGAGACCUUGGCAAUGUGACUGCUAAAGGAGGAGUGGCAGAAGUGGAAAUAGAAGAUUCCAUCAUUUCUCUAAGUGGACCACACAACAUCAUUGGACGUACCAUGGUGGUCCAUGAAAAAUGCGAUGACCUGGGUAGAGGGGGAGAUAAUGAGAGCAAAUUAACUGGAAAUGCUGGCCCUCGUUUAGCUUGUGGUGUAAUUGGAAUAGCGAAGUGCUAAGUAUGGUACCCAAAAUGCUUAAGACAACAGCGAUAAAUGGGCUGUAUUUCAUUGCGAAUGCUGUACUUGCCCCUCCUUGUGCAAGAUCUAUCACUUAAUCUCAUUACUACUCUGCAUUCUGAGUAUCACUGAAACUGGUGAAGACUGACUUAAUUUUGUAUGAUGUAUAUUGUAAUUAAAGUGAGCCUGAUGGAAUGUCUCUGUAGUCUUCUGCUAAAGCAUCUGCUGUAACCAUUCAGUGUAGUCUCAGCUAACUGGAGCUCCUCUCCUGUGUGGUGGAAGAUGUGCAGUAGCGUUUGCGGCCUGAAGGCCCCAGCUGCUUGGCGUGCUGUGUGAGCUGGAGGGUUGGCCCUAGGAGCUCCAGCGGGAAGGCUCACCACAGAGCGGUAGGCGCUGUAUGCACCGGGGGCUUCCUCAGCGUCUGUAGGUUUCAAACUUGUGUAAUAAACUUGCUGGGCAAAUACA